GCCCGUCUGAAGCGACAGGCCAAUAUUCUGCUUGGGCUGGGAGACGCUGUGGGCCGAGGCGGCGGAGGAUGGCCUGUAAUUAACCGGUUGCUACUCCGUACACGACUACCCUACCGAGCCUACUAAGGUAGAUUUGGCAACCUCGGAACGGCAACCACCCUCGGGAACAUCCAAACUGGACAUAAAAUGACUGCGGCGAAGCUCCUCCUUCCGGCCAGGCGGGCACGGCUGUCUGCGUUUCUGGGACCACGGACUUUGAUGCAAAUCUGACCUCUUCGUUACCAUGCGUCUCCUCGGUUUCACGCUCGUCGCUGGCCUCGCGGCCUCGGCGUAUGGACAGAAGGUUAAAGUCAUGCUGCUCGGUGACUCCAUCACCGAGAUCACCUGCUGGAGGCCGAUGGUGUGGGACCAGCUCACGACGGCCGGGCUGGCGGGCAACGUCGACUUCGUCGGCACCAUGAGCAACCUGCAGGGGUCGUGCUCGAAGCCGUCGGGCUUCGACGUCAACCACGAGGGCCACUCGGGCUGGCAGGCGUACGACAUUGCGCGCAACAACAUCGAGGGCUGGGUGCAGAACACCAAGCCCGACAUCGUGCAGUUCAUGCUCGGCACCAACGACGUCAACAUCGGCAAGCGCAACGCCCAGUCCAUCCUCGAGUCGUACACCACCAUGCUCAACGCCAUGCGCGCCGCCAACCCCAGCGUCAAGGUCAUUAUCGACAAACUCAUCCCCACAAGCUGGAGCGACGCCACCGUCGAGGCCGUCAACACCGCCAUCCCGGGCUGGGUCUCCUCCCACACCACUUCCGAAUCGCCCAUCGUCAUCGCCGACUGCUCGCGCGCGGCGGGCUUCACCAACGCGAUGCUGCGCGGCGACGGCGUGCACCCCAACGACCAGGGCGACCGCUUCAUCGCGGAGCAGGUCGGGCCUAAGUUGAUUGAGCUUUUGAGUGGUAGCGGUGGUGGUGGUGGUGGUGAUGGGGGUGGUGGGAACCCUGCGGCGACGACGACCGCGGGUGGUGCGCAGCCGACGGCGGGGUGCGCGGCGUUGUGGGGGCAGUGUGGUGGGUUGGGCUGGGCCGGGCCGAGUUGUUGUUCGCAGGGUGCGUGUAGGGUGUCGAAUGAUUACUACUCGCAGUGUCAGUGAGUGAAGAGAAGGAAGGGUUGUGGUGUGUUUGGUAUGAAGAGGUUUGGGUGUGAAGACCCCGAAGGCGGUACAAAGAGUCUCUCGCAAACCAUCUAU